GAACCAUGGCGGCAAUCACCAGCAAUGCGUCGCGAUUGGAGCCAAUGCGCGGUAUUUCCAUAAUCAUCGAAUCGCCAGAAGUGGCCACAGCAACAGCAGCAACAGCAAUACAAGUAGCAGCAACUGCCAAGAGCAACAGCAACACUGAAAUGUCGCUCAAGUCCCAGGCUGGCAUGUUGCUGGCAUUUGGCGACACACCAGCAGCAGCAGCAGCAGAAGCAACAACCAAAGAUAAUUUGGAAACUAGUUACGACACAGCAGCAACAUCAGCAGCAACAGCAACAGCAACACCAGCGACCACCAAAAUCUAUCCACAAUUGCUGCUGCGCAUUGGCGGAGAAAUUGCCGGUGCAACAGCAACAUCCACAGCAGCAGCAACAGCCAGAGCCACAGUAACCACUACAGCAGCAACAUCGCCGACCAUAAUCAGUUGCAAUGGUGAAAUUGCUGCCAGUCAGCCAGCAGCAACAGCAGCGGACACAGCAGCAACAUUGCAACAUAAUAAUAACACGGUGAAGAUACAGAUUGAAAGCCAGGGUCAGCCGCGAGUUCUGGGCAAGCAGAUCAGUGUGGUGAAGCUGAACGAGGGCCUGGAGGAGAUGCAGUGGACACCGGUGGCCACCUCUGGUCAGUACUCGCCCUGCGAGACCUUGGACAGUGGCACGGGCAGCGACCUGGAAGGUCACCAGCAGCAGCAGCCACAGCAGUUGCAGCAAUUGAAGUCGCCACAGCACUUGGAGUUGCAUCUGCAGACCACGCGGCUGAGGGUCAAGGAGGAGGCGGAGGAGGAGGAGGAUGGCCCGCUGGUCAACCCGAAUCCCAAUCCCAUUCAGAUUCCGAUGCCCCAGCGGGCCUACAGCCUCACCGACGACAGCGAGGAGUGCGACGAGAGCAGCAACUCCUCGCUGAGCUGCGAUUCCCUGCAUUCUGGUGGCCUGCUGCCCACCUCGCUGCUCCGGGACAUUCGGCUGCGGGAGCGGGAGCGGGAGCGGGAGUCCUCCGGUCCGCUGGUCACCAAGAUCGAUGGCAGGCCCCUGCAGUACGAGGCGGAUGGGUACUACACGUUCCAUGUCCACGAGCACGAGAACUUCCGCAGCUUCGGCUCGAACUCCUCGAACGAGUACGAGACGCAGGCCUUUGCGGAGGAGCCGCAGGACGAGGACUUCGCCGGCUACCGGGAUGUCCGGACGGAGGGCAAGCGCUACGGCAACUCCACCAUCCGCUCCGCCAAAGGAACCGUCAGGGGCGUCAAGAAUCGUGUGCGCAAUGGAGUAGCCACCUUCUUGCAGCUGCAACAGCCCAAUGUCAAGAACUACAUGGAAAAGGACUUGGGCAAGGUGGUCUUGUACACCACCAGCAUGGGAAUCAUCAGGGAAACAUAUGCCAAGUGCGCCAAUGUCAAGCAGAUCCUGCGCACUCUGCUAAUUAAGUUCGAGGAGCGGGAUGUCUUCAUGAGCGUGGAGUAUCAGCAGGAGAUGCGCGAGCGGAUGCACGACGAGACCAUCCGCGUGCCACAGCUCUUCGUCGAGGGCCAGCACAUUGGGGAUGCCGACGUUGUGGAGCGGCUGAAUGAGAGUGGAGAACUACGCCAGCUGCUCAAACCGUACAAAUCGAUUGCCACCGCGUAUACGUGCCAGACGUGCGGCGGAUACCGCCUGCUGCCGUGCCCCUCGUGCAGCGGAUCCAAGAAGUCGGUGCACCGGAACCACUUCACGGCGGAGUUCGUGGCUCUGAAGUGCAUGAAUUGCGACGAAGUCGGGCUGGUCAAGUGCCCCAACUGCUGAGGAAAAUGGGUGCCCGCAACCCUACUUUUCCAUCUGUAGUGCUUUUUUUUGUAUCUAUAUCAAAGAGAUUUUUUUUUGCGCAAUUCUUGUAGUCGCUUAUUAUUAACAGUUGUGAUAUUUGAGAGCAGUUCGAGCCGGAAACGGGUGGCCGAAGCGGAAGCGAAACGAAAGGGAACGGAACGGAAGCCACACAAACACACACCCACACAAAAGAGAACAACCUAUGCAUAACUAUGUGAAUUGAAGAGAUAACGAAUAAAAUAUAAAAUUUAAUUGAUUAA